GCGACACUCCGAAACAGCAAGGGUACGUGCACGACUCGCGUAGUCAGUCUCGCGCCGAGCGUCUUAUAGUGCGCAUUGUUAAAGUUUAAUAUCGUCUGCGCUUCGACCAGUGAAUUUGAAAACUUCCGCCAACUACGAAACCAACUACGAUACAAACGUGUGCACAUGACAGACGACCAGUGACGGUUCUUGCGUGGAGCAGACGAAAGUCAACAGAUCGUUAAUUCGUUUGCAUCCAACAAGCACAGACGUUUCGAAGCUACGUUGGUCGUCGGUUAUGUGUCAUACCGUUGAAUGCAAAUGAAUUAGAGAGACGGAACGAUUUCGUAGAUCGGGAGCGGAAGAACAUUAGGAGGAGAGACAACGUAAAUGGUGAGAGAACGCGUCGCCAUGGGUACCGUGUGUUGUGGCUCGCGGGUGUAGUGCGAACCCCGUAAUCGAAGGGAAGAGACAAAACUGAGGGACAGAGAUCACGUGAUAGAGAAAGAAAGGGGAAAGAGUGAAAGGCACGGGAGAAAAAGAAGGAAGAUAUAGAACGCGUGGACAAGCGUGACCGGCCAAGACUUCGAAAGGCUACUCUCUCGUGGCCGUCACGUCGAGGAGAGGGCAGCGAGAGCCGGGCAGAGAAAGAGGGAGAAUAAUGCGGACUCGUUGCUUCCGCCUUCAUCAGCAGCACGUUCAGAUCUGCUCGUAAUUCCGCGAGGAGGUCUAACGAACGGCGGAGAUGACUGGAAGAAGAAGAGUGCCACUCGUGUUAAGAGUAUGCACAGGUGUUUUCCUGCUACUCUUCAACACGGUCGCCGUGGACGCGAGGAAAGACCCAUCGUCGAGUUCGGAGAAACUACUCACCCCCGACGUAUCGGAAGCAUCGAUAUUCGAACAGAACAAGACGAUCUUAAACAAAAUACCAUCGAGAGACGAGUCGGAGUUUCCCUUAGCAGAGACGAAAAACGAAGCCGUCGGUCCGUACAACUCGACUAAAAGAGGUUUCGAAACGGUAGACGAUAAGCUCGUAAAAAAUGCCAAAACGGCGGACAAGGAGAAAGUGGCAAUGCCGAUCGACGAGGAUACCGAGUUACAAGGAAUCAGGUCGCGCGAUCAAGUCGACAAAUUGUCGACCGUAGAUUCAGCCAACAGCGGAUUCAAGCUCGAGGAAAUCGUCUAUGGAACUUCUGGGAAGAGUUCUAGCACGAAAACCAUAUCCGAGGACGCUUACAGGCUGACCAGAACCAAUGGUUUGACCACGGUAACCACGAAACCAGCGUUAGAAGAAUCAAAAGUCGACGAGGCGAAGAACAAAACCGGGCUCGUUGAACGCUCCAACGAUACCUCGAGGCAGGAACCAAGAGAAACUAAGAAAUCGUCGGAAGAUGGCUUGGAGCUGAAAGAGGAACGCGUGACAGACACGAAGGAAGAAGCGGCGAAAGAGGCGAGCACGGAUUCCGGGCUAAAAUCAGAAACGUUUAACCCUGAGAACGAGUCAGCUCCGGAAAAAGUUCGUUUCCUCGGAGAGUUUCAGCAAAGGAAGAAAAAGGCGGAGGGUCCGGUGAAGAACUCGGAAGUUCCGGACUUAAAGGAGGCUGACGAGAAAAAAGAGGAGGACGUGUCCGUCUCGUUGAUCAAUGACACGUACGUCAACUACAGCCACCGUUCGAAAAUCUCGACGGAGAAGAGCGUGGAGACCGACACGGCUGACAAAUGGACGUCUCUCGAAAACGCGACAAAUUUUAUCACCGAGGAGAUUCCAGUGACUCACGAGUCGCGGCAUCCGAAGGAGGAGGUGGAGGUCGUCGGGAACGUGACUCAGCCGGUGAUCCAGCGGUUUAUCGAUCGACAAUCCCAAAACUUGACGUCAAAGGACGCCGACCUUGCCAACGAAUUAAAUCGAACGUCUAACCGGGACAAGGACUUCUUGCGCGAUUCUGCGAACGCUAACGAGACCAGUCACGAGAAACAGCAGGAAAUAGAGGAAAGAGAUCAGGAGAAAUUGGCGCGGCUUACCACCGAAAGGACGAGCGAAGAAUCUUCCACGGUUCAAGGAAUUUCCAGUCCGGUUCCCAGAGGAAGAACCAUAGCGUUCGAGUCUGCAAGCUCGAAGAGAACGAUCGUCGCGAAGAAGAACGCCACUGACAGGUUCGUGGACCAGAAACCCUAUCCUUACACGAAAUCGCCUAAAGAGUCGCUUCGUAACGCCAGUAACCAGCUGGACGUUACCACGGAAGAAGCUUCUGCUUUGGAGAACACGAUCGGCAAGGGACAGUCGGAAGAAAAGUUCGUCGUAACCGAAGGUUCGGACGUGUUGGAGAAUAGCAUCCAGCAGUUUAAGCCGACCUAUUACGGGAAAGUAAGCAACGAAUCGUCGACUAUCUCGAGCACGGAGGUACGCCCGUCCGUUCAAAUAACGACCGCGCCUUUGGUUAGAUUAGAGGAAACUAGACCGACGAAUCAGACCGUGGUCGAGAAAUCAAGCGAACAGAAGGGCAUCGACGAGAGCGGAGAAAAAUCGACGAGCGCGGGAAAUGACGUUUCUCGGUGGGCUGAGAGCCGCGAGACCUCUGGGAUGGGGAACGUCGAUGUGACUGGAAACGGGAUAACGGAAGUGAGCGUGAAGCCCGAGAGUGGCGAUAAACGGACCUACGAGGCCUCCUUGCAGGAGAUUACGGUUCGGACAACGCUCACACCUUUAACAACGGAACCCGUCGAACCGCAAACGGACCUCGGAAUGCUCUCGAACGCGGACCUGCAGACGAACGUAGCUGGUUCUCUGCUGAUACGAUCCACGCUCAACGCCACCGAGCUCUCCACCGAGUAUCCACUGAUCAAAGGGAAUUUUUCUGACGAGAGAUUGCCGAUAUUCCCCACUACACCCACGGACACGAGCACCGUCAAAGUAGCAACGGACAGUGCCACCGUCUUGCCGACGACCACCAUCGAAGAAACUUCCGUAGGGAACGUCACCGAACCACCAACUGUCUCGGACGCUAACGGAACCAACGAAAUCCCUUCCGGUGUAAGUGGCACUCUCAGCCCCGAGGAAACUUUCGUACCUACCACUACCAACGUCGAGUUCGAGUUCGUUGGCCUGUCCGACUCGACCACUUUUCUCUGGCGGAACGCUACCGAGGAACCACCCAAGGGACGCGAUUUACCAAACGAAACUUCCGUCGUGCCCACGGUUAAGGAUUUACUCGAAAAAAAUACGCCCAACGAAGGCACCACGACAGUGAGCAACGAAUCGACCACGGAGAAUACAUCGACGAUCAGCGAGACCGAAAUUCCUGCCACGAGUAAUCCAAUGACGGACCGGACGAUCGUUCCUACGUCGAUACCGAGCCAAACGGUACAGUCUAAGGACGAGUUUACGACUCGGCCGAGUUUCGCCGACGAGGAAACUGACAGCAGCUCGACCAGCCUGGACGAAGUUGAGAAAACGAUAGACGUGACGGAUUCUUGGAGCACCACGAGCGAGGAGAAUGUCGCGACGACCACGAUUAGAACGGAACAGACGAUUUCAAAGGAUUCCAAGGAUUCCUAUUUCAUGGCGAACGUUACCGAGUCCCCCGUGGAAUUCACGUCGAUACCGAACGUUUACACGACAGAUGCCACGCGAGUGACUACUUCCAGCCCCUUUGUCCCGAUCGGUCUCGAGCCAAGGACCCCGGUUUCGAGUAGCACGAGCCCAGCAACCGUUUCCAACAUACCGUCGGUCACGGCGCACGACGCGACAGUGUUACCCGACCAGGAGGAGAUUACGUCGCUAGUUCGAAUCGACGUGGAAGGCACCUGGUUCGACGUGUGCCCGCAAAUGGACAAAUUGAGGCACACCCUGGCGAUUAUUUUGACGUCCGGGAUGGAGAAGCCGGUAUCCGACAAACAAAUUAUUUUCCAUCAAAAUCCGUGUCAGGAGCCACCGAAUACUACGCCAUCGUCGUCCGAUAUGCCCAUGAUGAGCAUCUUGAUUUACGUCGUCGACGAAACUGGCAAGUUCGACGGCACUAUGACGAAAAUGUUGCCCAGUUUGUACGAGGAAUCGCGGGACCACGUCAAGUUUCCGAUUACCAUACACAGAUUUCUUCUGGUACAGGAAAAGGGUCCAGAUUCCGGAAACGCGAUAGCGGUCGUCGUGGUCUCCUCGGUUGCCUUGAUUUGCCUGGUUCUUCUCACUGGUCUUCUGUUUAUCAUGAGGAAGAGGCAAACGAGGUUUAACUAUGGCGAACGAUGUCGUCCCGUGUCUUUAGACGCUUACAGCCUUGACAGUGUUUCCGCUUACAACAGCGUCAGACGCAAAGGUGUGACGAGAUCUUCGAAAAGAAGCUAUGGGAAUCCAACUUUUGAGGAUUCGAGCGCCAUUCCGUCUCAUCCGUUGAACUUCGCGGCCCUUUCAUCCUUCUGUAACGACGUUAACGCAAUCAACGAGGAAUUCUCCGGUAUUCCACAAGUUUCAGCGAAGAUAGACGAAUUGCCUGCUGGGGCGGAAGUGAAGAACAGAUACGCGAAUGUGAUACCGCUUCCGGAGACCAGAGUGCUCCUACAAAAAAUCAACAACGAUCCUCUUACGGAGUAUAUCAACGCCAGUUACGUUCGGGGACCGAAGAACGCAACGAAAUAUUACGUCGCUUGCCAAGCACCGAUGGAGUCGACCGUUACCGAUUUCUGGAGAAUGAUCUGGGAGCAACAGUGCAAAGUGAUCAUCAUGCUGACCGAUCUCGUGGAGAACGGGGUGGAAAAGUGCACCGAGUACAUCCCACCCUCCGAAGUUACCGACUGUCGCCGGUUAUACGGUGACUUCCAAGUUACUCUAAAAAAGAGAGAAACCAAAGAGAAAUAUGCCAUUUCCACGCUUCAUUUAAACAAUUUGGAGAAGAACACGUUCCGAGAAGUGUAUCAUAUUUGGUAUCUGUGGCCGGUGAACGGAGUGCAGUCGGACGGCGCCGGGUUAAUAGCUGUGCUUCUCGAGGCGAGGGCACUCCAAAGGGGUGGCCCUGGACCCAUUGUGGUCCACUGUAGUCCUGGCACUGGACGUACGGGAACGUUAAUAGCUCUUGACCUAGGAAUUAGACAAUAUGAGAUUACGAGGACUGUGGACGUGCCAAGGGUCGUUUACACUAUCAGACGGGACCGUGCUGGAGCUGUCAAGACGAAAGAACAAUACGCUUUCAUUUACAAGGCAUUAAAUUUGUACGCGACCAAACUUGCCGGCGGUGUGCUGGAAUCUACGUGAACCUCUCGAGAUUUCGAAGAAACGUCUGUUCAGACGUCGAGUCUAAGUCGUAGCAGAGAACUGCUUUAUCUGUGAACGAUAAACAUCACCGAAGACGAUAAGAAACCGCGAGAUUGUACGACGUACUGUAUGCCAGUUUUACCUGUAGGACAGGAAGCUAAUGAAAAUCGAACGAAGGAAGUUAACUUGUGAUACGUGGACCAUAGCGACGGUCGUAUUUCGCUCGAGACCUUUGUUUCGUCCUCUCGAUGUCCGACAAUCUCGCCAAGAAAAUUCAAAGCAUUUCUUACCAUCCGUUCGUCUACCUCUCUCGAUCGACGUUUCGGUAUUUCUUAAGAGAAAGUUGCCAUCAAAUAUUAAGUUAUCAAACAGAUCUACGUCAAUUUGUAAUGAAAUUUUGCGUGGUAUUUCGUCCACGUACGAAAGCAGAAUUUUUUUAAAGCGUGCAAGGAAUAAAAGAAAUUAAUUACAAGUAGAAAAUUCUUAAUUCGUAUCGUCGUAUCGUGGAUGAGCCAUAACAAUUUUAUUGGCUUACUUAAUUUAAGUCGAAAAAUUAAGUAACUUAAUCGGAAUGAGACGUGAAGUAAUCACCGACGAUCCAACGCUACCAGUCGAGUAUUACUAAAGUCGAUAUUUUAUUCUAAAUACGUCAUGACUGAGAAGAGGAGACAAAUUGGAUGGUAACGUGUUCAAGCGAAGAACAAAGAGGCGGAAAUUAAUUUGUGAUAUCCGGACCAUCCGUCAACGGUAUUCAACUUCGUAUUUCUUAGGCCUAUUCAAUUUCGUAAAGCUUUUUUUACCGUAGAUUUCGUCUCUUUUUGUCAAUAUUUUAAUAUACAUAUGUAUAUAUAUUACACGUAUUGCGUACAUAUAUUUAUAAAUAAGAUGACGAUUAGGUAUAGUUGAAUAUUUAAUGUCGAUGCGUCAUACUUCGUAGUCAAUAGCGUUAUCCCGGAAUAUGGCAAUCACGGAAGGAUUAUUUCUUACGAUAAAAUAUUCCGCAACCGGCAUUGUAUGACCAAACGAGAGUAAAAAAAGGAAAAAGAGCGAGAGACACCUUCUCGGAGAAUUCUGUGUGUGUAUUUAGUGUCGUCUUAAAGGUGUAAAAAGAAAUAUAUGUAUGUAUACAAAAUAUGUUAAUUAUUCUUUAGUAUUGCAAUCGUUCACGAUGUUACAUUUGUAAGAAUUCAGAGAGAUUGCACGAUCGACUAGUUCUUUUUUCUCUCUUCUUUUCCCAGCUAUAGAUAUAUGUAUACAUAAUAUAUAUAUACAUAUAUAUUACCGUAUUAUUGUUGUUAUUGUUAUUGUUGUUGUUGUCACUGUACAGAUACUUUGAUUCGUAGCAGGUUGCUCUCUAUAAUUGUACAUAGAAACCAACCCGAAUAAUACACGGAGAGAUUGAUCGUAUCGUUAGAUUCCGUUAGAUUUUUCGUUCGUUUGGUACGCGGAAGUGUCGUGAAUUCUCGUCGAAUUAAACGAGCGUGUUCGUAGUCGCACGCCAUUUUUCUCAGAGACUUCGAACACGUUUCAGGAGCGCAUCGAAUUGUCCCAUAAAUUUUGUCGGUUUCGUUAAACCCUGUUAAAGUUAGCUUCUGUGAACGAUCAGGCAUUUUUGUUUCAGCAUUUGAAAACAAUCAGAUGAUGCGACGAACCUAAACAAUCGUAUUAAUGAUUCAUUUCGACCGGUUAUUUUUGACCGAAGAUCUUUCUCUGAGUGUGCCUUAAGAAAUAGGUUCUUUCGUCAAGGAUUAAUUUACUUUUGCGAAACACGCGAAUUAUAUAUUUUCUGUCAUCCCGUGUAUCUUUUAAAUCGAUUUGUAUGGAAAUUAUACAUGUACAGGAGUAACUGCGACUUUUGUUGAAAUUAAAUGUUUCGUCUUUUAUUUGUAUAGAAUAUAUUCUAACGUCAGCGAACUGUUAACCAAAAUAAUUAUUUAUUUCUAUUCUACUUUUCCAAUUUUUCGUAUUAAUAUUAUGUAAAUGUACGCAAUGUACCGUUUGUUAUGUUUACCAUCUCUCUAAACGUAAAGGCUAAUAAACUUGUAAAAUGAUCAAAUAAUUUUAAGAUCAAAUCAAAGAGAAUCAAAACCAGAUGUCUAUACUGGCUUCUUAUUCGUUAAAAAUCAUCGCGAGACGAUUGUUAAAUCGACAAAAUUUCUGGUAUAAUACUGUCAGUGUCAUGAACCGUAUGAAAGAAAAUUUUAUAAGAAAAUUGCCCCCCUACUCCCUCAACCGAUAGUCGAGAUUGACCAACUUCGCCAACUUGUAUGAAACGUCACGUAAAGAACUGGAACGGAGAGCUGAAAUUAAGCUGCGUGUGAGAAAACAAAACCAGGAAUACAGGGUUAUUUCGUAGCUUCUAUCGAGCCCGCUAUUUAAGCACAUACGUAUAGUACAUCCAUAAUAACUAACUUUGUAAUAGUACUGUAAUAUGGUAAACGAGUCGACUUAUAGUCGAGGCUACAGAGUACGUAACUCAUGGUACACAUCAUCUUUCGAGAAUAUCAUCGAACAGAGACGAUAGAAAUUUCUCAAAUUGUAAAUCAAAUACGCUUCAGCGAGGAACGCGACGAACAUCGAACAUACACAUUUAUGGAAUUAAACGACAAUGACAAUUUACACGUCUAAGAGCACAGAGAUAUCCGCCGAUAUAAACAAAAAAAAAAAAAAAAUAAAAAAAAAAAUAAAAAGAAACAUUUCGUACAGUUUCGUGCGAAUGAUUCGUGCCACCUUUGAUUUUUAGUCGAGUGCCCCUGAAGCAUUUGCCUCGCUUGUGGAAAUUUUGAAGCAGCGUCUCUUAAUCAGUUUUAGUCUCUGCGAAAUGAAAAAUAAAAUACAAUUUUCUCACGGAAACAGCCUGAGCCUUUCGCACGGUACUGUACGCCGGUGUAACAAUGCAUAAACAUUUGCCAUAGGAUAAAAUAUUAGAAACCUUCGGAUUAAUUACAUUUAGAGGACCUUUAUAAAGGAUCAAGACGGUUAGGUGUCUAGAGAUUAAAAAUUCGACACAGUCGAAGAGAAAGUAGGAAUAUUAAGCGCAAUGAUCUCAUUUGCCGAUACUUGGAACGAAGUGAAUUCUCAAUUGAUAGUUCUUCGAUGUGAGCGAAGGAGAAAUUUCAUGCGCCACGCCAUUAUUAAUUACGAGAAUGGUUCUUAUCGAAGUUAAUUCCAGCGUGAACGAUGCGAUUGUAUUCGAGCGCUGGAAAGACGUACGUCCCUGUUUCCUGAAUAGUAUUAUAUAAUGGAGAAAAAUAUAUAUCUCGUAAUCGAUAUACGUUAGGAUUUCUGUCUUACUUAAUGUUAUAAUCGCUAACUAAUAACUCGCAAUCGUCGUAAUCGUAUAGAAGACUCUGUGUGUGAUAUCGUUUUAUGUAAUAUGGAAUGUGAAAGCCGAAGGAAGUGUCCACUUGAAAAUUCCAACGGAUUAAGAUAUAUUCGACUUAUACAAAACCAGUUAACGCGCCAAAUAUACAUCUUAUUUAAUUAUAUUAAUCGUUAGAGAUCGAGGUUUCGUGUCGAAUUGUUCUUUACCAGUAUAUCGUCCACUUCUUCUUUCGAUUUAACGACGACAACUUACUUCGUCGGAAGUUUCGAUUUCUGAAAUUCAAAGGACUGCUUUUUAAAGUUUGCAAAGUUUGCGGAAGAUCGAAGUAUUUUAUAACGUUUAAAACGUAGUCGAUCACGGUUAAAAUAUUUUCUUUUUCCCUGAAUAUCGUGUAUCUUAUCGGUACGAAUGACGUACAUAUCCCCGACACUUACCUUACGCAUUAUAAGGGGAUUUCGUCCAAAAAUAUUUUAAGCUACCGCUAUUACGAAUAUCUCUUUGCCAAAGUUUAAUCGUUACUUCAAUUAAUAUAAUAUAAUAGAAAAGUAUUAGAGAGAGAUAAUAUCUCGAAUAAGUUAAUACAGUUAUUUAAGGAACAAAGUGGACAAGAUUUACAGCACAAUGCAAUGCGUGAAACCAACGUACCAAAAAAAAAAAAAAGAAUUUAAAUGUUCGAUUAUAAUAUAAAUGUUCAGUAUCGAUACUAUAAGAGGAAUAUGUAUGUUUAGACCGUUUAGAGAAAGUUAGAGAAAAAUGUCCCCGCGUAACGAUACCUUCGAGAAUGAAGAAUGAGCGUGUAGAAUUAAUGGGAAAACCAAUGAAAACCGAACGUGCAUGUGUCGAUAUAAAACUAUACGUGUAAUAAUAUCACAGAGAUUGAAAGCCGAUGAACGAAACACGAUAAAUAAUGGUGUUCGGUCGCGCAGUUAUCGCGACAGCUGUGUCGAUUGCACCUGCAUAGCUGGACCAACAAAAUAAAUGUAAUUGUUCGA